ACCCAGACCCAGACCCAGACCCAGGCAGCACCAACAGAACACAGCAGGAAACCAGGGCUGAACUUCAAGUGUCUUUGGCAGUCCUGUAAACGCUGGUUUGAAACUCCAUCCAAAGUCUUCUACCACGCAGCCACCCAACAUGGAGGGAAGGAGGUGUACGGGGGCCACUGUCUGUGGGAGGGGUGUGAACCUUUCCCUCGACAGAGACUGUCCUUCAUCACACAUUUACAGGACAAACACUGUUCUAGAGAAGCUCUGUUGGCUGGACUGAAGGCAGAGGAGCAGCAGGCGCAGAGUUCAAGUCAGACAUCGUCACAGACUCCACCAGUGGCAGGAAGUUCUCCUCGAGCACCAAAAGCAAUCGUCAAUCAUCCCAGUGCAGCUCUAAUGGCCCUCCGCAGAGGCUCCAGAAACCUGGUCUUCAGGGACUUCACGGACGAGAAGGAGGGACCAGUGACCAAACACAUCCGUCUGACCGCCGCCUUAACGUUGAAGAACAUCGCCAAGCACUCGGACGGUGGUCGCACGUUGGUGAAAAGGCAUGAGCCGCACCUCUCUGUGCUGGCGCUCAGUAACAUGGAGGUCUCCACCACGCUCGCCAAAUGCCUUUACGAACUGACCCGCUCGCUUCAGGCCUGAUGCCAAAAGGACAACCUGUACAACUCCUCGCACCCCCACCCCUCCAGAGGCCACAGGGAGAAGGAGCCGGGGGCGAGCCGUAGCAGGUCCACAGGAGGAGCAGAGGAGCUGGGGCUGGAACAAAGAACCUCCUUCUGCCACACCUGUCAAACUCUUCCUCCAACCUCGGCCCUGGUCCUGGUCCUGGUCCUGGUCCUGGUCCUGGUCCUGGUCCUGGUCCACCUCUGUUCCAAACAUCCCCUCCAUCUCCACACACACACACACACAAACACACAAACUGCCACGGGGGUCUUCCACCAGCUGCCCAUCAGGGGGAGCCCUUUUUUGAUCGCUUCCCCAAGGGACUCUACGACGAAACCCCAGAACAUGAGCACAUUUUGUUGUUCUUCAUUUUCAUGGAUUGGUUCUGGUUCUGGUUCUGGUUCUAAUAAUGUGCAUGUUGGAGUGAGUGGCUUUAGACUGAAGAGUACAGGUGGGGGAGGGGGGGCGGGAUGAUGCGGGCGCCUACAGGGUCGGUGGGCAACGACUGGCACAGAGAAUUGUUCUGUUUUUUGUUUUGUUUUUUUCUUUAGAGAAUUGGUAGCUUGGUUUUCUUACUUGAGUCAAUAUAUUUUCACUUAUUUAUUAAAAUGAAUACAAUUACAGUUAAUAAAAAAGAAUCUUGUAAAUAUGUUGUGAAUAUAUAUAAAGAAAAUCCUCUUUCAUGCAGAUGCAGCCACUGGAGACUUUGCUCUGUGGAGUAAUAGAAGCAUUACUUUGGUAGGAUUGAAUAAAGUAGUCUGGUUUUCUUCUUGGUUUGUUUUUGUUUGUUUUGUUUUGUUUUUCUUUUUUAUGAUCCCUGGUCACUUGUAUCUAAUGUGAUUCUAUACUCAGCAGUGAAUGAAUGUACUUAAGAACUGUAAAUAUUUCUGCAAAGGUACUGAUGCUGUAAAGCUUAGGGAAGGGGAACAGUUUUUUGUGGAACUGUGACAUUUUUUGUAUAAUAAUACCUUGUAGAACUCAUUUUGCUGGCUGAAAGAGUAUGGAAUAAUAUAUCAUGUCAUUUUGUAGAAGAAGAAGAAAAAAUAUUGAAGGUCCAUUCACGUUCCUUCCUCUUCCCUCACACAACCUCCCCUCAACACACACACACACACACACACACACACAAGUGACAUAUAUCCACUGUAAGCGUUUGUCAUGUACGGCCGCGGUGCUCGUACCAAAUUCUUUUGUAUUUGUAAAUUGGUUUAAAUACAUGGAGUUUUUUAUACAGGUUUUCUCCUGUGUUCUUUGCUUUAUGUGCAGGUAUAUUUUCUUCACUACGUUUUUCUAUCUUAAUAUAGUGUGGACUUUUAUUGUACUAUUUUUUUCAUUCUUAAAACCAUACCACAUUCCGGCUCACGUCCUCAGACUGUCCUCUCUACCGUGUGUUGUGUAACGUUUAUGACUGCCUGUCGUUUGAGCGUCUGACCCGGGCGGCGACCCAACCACCCUCAUUUCUGCGAUGUUGGUAGGAUGUGUGAUUAUACAUAGACCUAACAGUCUGUUAGAGAUUGGCUUUAUUUACUUUGGUGACUGUUUAUAGUUUUUAAAUAAAACACUGAACAUUU